CAUCUCCGCCCAACGAAGAGUCGCACACGCAGAUUUUACUCAUCCUAAUCUCAAUCCAGAUCCACAAAAGAAGAAGAAGAAUGGCAUCGCCGGCAGCGAAGAUCGCGUUCCGCAUCGCCGUAGCAGUGAUGGUAAUCACGGUACUGUUCUACGUCGGCCGUCCGCUCUACUGGAAGAUCUCCGCCACCAUCCAAGAGGUCCGCGAGAACAAGCGCACCGUGAAGCAAGGGAUUUCGCAGAUCGUGUACGAGGCGCAGAAAUCGGUGGGGUGGUUCCACGACGAGUCGGAUCCCGGCGGCGUCGUGCGCGAGCAGCGCCGGGCGACUAACCGGAAGCUGCUGCAGUUCGUCGGCCGGGUUGGAUCGUUGUAGAGAGCCGCAGAAACCACGAUUCCUUUCUCCUCCUGGCGGGCAUUUCGUUAAUCUGAAGAUCACUUGUUUGUUUGUUUGUUUGUUGUUAUAGAGAAAGGAAAUAAUUGCCCGGGAAGGAAGAAGAAGAGCGACAUUCUCUCCGGCUAGGAUAGUAAUUUUUGUAAUCCUAUGUAUCGUAGCGCUGCCUGCCUAAGAGUUGAAGAAGAAGAGGUAAUAAUACAUUUCACUGAGGUUCAAAUCUUCUCUGUAUCGUUCCAAUUUUAUCGGAAAAUCUCUAAGGACUAAGGAGACUUUCAAUCGAGUUGGAUUAGAAUUAUCAUUUGGUUUUGCUUUCAA